GCCUUCACUCCGCAUGCGAAGUAUUUGGCGCAUACCCUUCCACACGGUCGUGUUAAAUGGCUAAGUUUACGCAUUCAUCUAUUUUUAUCUUUUCAUAAGAACUUAUAUCGUUAUUUUCUGUAUCAGUUAGACUUUUGAUACUUUAAAUAUCCACAUUUAGAUCGUGUUGAAUGUUCGCUGUAUCAAUUCUGCAUCGGCCCCUCCUUCCCCUUUGAAACUCGUUGCCAUGUUUGAAUUACGUCAGAGACCGAAUUAUACAAGAGGUUGUGCCGCGAGUCCUGAGAGAUGCCGAUCUGGAGAGGGGCAGCAAGUCUGAAUCUUGUAUUUACGGUUAUUCUUGGAUAAAGUCAUAUAUGUGCAUAUGUUUGGCUUUCAUAAGCCGAAAAUGUACAGAAGCCUGGACGGCUGUUGUAUCUGCAGGGCGAAAUCCUCCAGCUCCCGCUUCACUGACAGCAAGCGCUACGAGAAGGACUUUCAGAGCUGCUUUGGCCUGUGUGAGACUCGCUCAGGAGAAAUCUGCAAUGCUUGUGUUCUCCUUGUGAAACGCUGGAAGAAGUUGCCAGCAGGUUCUAAGAAGAACUGGAAUCAUGUAGUGGAUGCGCGAGGAGGGCCAAGCCUGAAGACUACAGUCAAGUCCAAAAAGGCAAAGUCCAUCUCCAGGAGAGCCCGGCCAAGCCAGAUCAGCCGCGUCCAGAAAGAGCUGAAAAGACAUAACUCAGAUGCUCACAGCACCACCUCCAGCGCAAGCCCAGCACAGUCACCGAGUUACAGCAACCAAUCGGAUGAAGGCUCUGACUCGGAGCUGACACCUGGCUCCUCCCGAUCUCCAGUCUUCUCCUUCUUAGAUCUCACCUAUUGGAAAAGACAAAAGGUUUGCUGUGGCAUCAUCUACAAAGGCCGCUUUGGAGAGGUCCUGAUUGACCCCCAUCUCUACAAACCCUGCUGCCAGAAGAAACAGGAGCAGGAGCAAGAGGAGGAGGAGGAAGAGGAGGAAGAAGAGGAGGAGGAAGCAGCUCACACCAGCCAGGAGAGCAGGAGGAGCCCGGCUCCCGAGACCUUCCCUUCCCCUCCACCGGUCAAAGAGGAAGAGGAGGAGGAAGAGGAGGAGGAAGAGGAGUGGUAAGACCACUUGUAGGGUCAUACACACACUCACAAUCACACACACACAAACAGGGAACUGAAGCAGCAUUGGAAGGAGGCCUUGGAGAGCUCAGGAUGUGAUUUCCUCAGGCCCUCUGUAGAAUUGCGGUCAGAUUGCCUUCAAUUCAUGAGCAGCUGGAACUUUUUUGUUUUUGUUUGUCUGUUUGUUUGUUUGUUUUGUUUUCAUGUAUAUUGUGUGUUUUUAUUUCUGUGUUCAUUUAAGAGGAGGCGGUCAUUCUUUGUUGUUUAACUUAUGGACUAUUAAGAAUUGUGCAUUUGUACCCCUCCUCUGCCUUUCACUCUUUUUCCAUUGUAUACUUGGAUAUUUAGAUCCUUGUUUUUUUUCCAUUGAUUUCUCCACAUGAAAUGCUGGAUCUACACAAAAUGCAGAUGAGGAGGAAAAAAAAAAACUAAAACUCUACCUUUGACUUCCAGGAUAGAGCCAUAGCCUAGAAAAACAGCCUUCAACCCACGGUUUGCCUUUUCCAUAUAUUUGUAAAGACACACUCAUGCACACGUUCUCUGAACACGUUUACUAAGAUAAAUGCACACACACACACACAUGCACUCACACCCUGCACACAUACACACUCACAUGCAAACAGAACAUGCAUACGUACACAGCCUAACCAUAAAGGCUAACAAAUGAUAAACCAGCCUUGAAUGCACCAAUGGUAGUGUCAUGAUUAUAAUUUUUUAGCUAACACUACAUUAUUGGUGUAAUUGUUGCACGAAUCAAUGAGAUAGUAACUAUUUUGGUAUGGAAAAAAACGAUGCAAAGAAAACCAAACAAGCAAACAAAAAGGGUAUGUGAAAGUAGUUGGGAACUGGCAAGCACUGACAGAAUUCUAGUUUUGGGUAGUACCAUGAAGUGCUGAUUCAGGAUCAGUUUCUGUACCACAUAAGCCAAUACCAAGGGAUUUAAACUUAUCCUCAGUCAGUGCUUUAGAUCACUUUUGUCGAAGUGCUGGACUUUGGUGUAGUACUGGUUAAAGCUGGGCAUGGUCAACCAAAACUUCUUCCUGGGUUAUCUCCUCAUGAGAUAGGUCCAUAUUGAUAUGCCUACUAUCGGUUGUGUUUAGGUUAUAAUGCGUUCCAUCUAUUUCAGUGAAGUAAUGUAAAUGGUCAAGGUUAGAGAGUCUGUCUUGGAGACUUAAAACACUGUAUUGUGCAUGGACAGCAAGCUACCCUAUGUCAGAAUAAUCCUGCAUGCAUUUGAUAUUGCAUGGCCUUUCAGAAAAUUCCAAACAUUUUUAUUUUAAAUUUGCUAUAUUGGGCUUGAUUUAAUACAGCCGAUAUAUAUAUAUUUUUGUAGAUAAAAUGAAAAGUAAAAAAAAUAAUGAUAGUUUUUAGGUUGUUGGGUCACAGAAACUUUCACUGCAAUACAAGGUAUUUGAUGUCAACACUUCUCACAUGUAGAGAAUGAUGCUGACAGCAGGCAUGUGAGGAGAUGUGGAUCUUCCUAUUUGCCUGAUUAAAUUGGGACCAUCAUGUCCGUCAACUUUAAUUAAAUCAAUGAAAUAUUAUUUAUUUUCCUCUUGUAUUAUACACAUGUGCACAAAAGCCCUAUAUUCAUAGGGCUCCAACAAGUCAGUCAUACACAUCACUGAGGAUUUCCAUGUUUGUGUUUUUCUUUUUGAAAACAUUAGUCUAGCAAUGGAUGUGUUUUCCUGUAAGUCUUCAUGUUCUAGAUACUCUUAGGGAAAGUAUUUAGCAUUGGUUGAUACACACUUGUUUGGCUCACCCAUCCGCUCUCCUCCCUGAUAGUAUUUUUCAUAGGCGUCAUUUAGUCUUUAUACCAGAAGGGGAUUCUGCACAUUUCGACAUCGAUAUGUAUUAUGUUAACCUUAUAACGGUGUUCAAAUGGCUUGUUGGAUGGACACAACACACUUUGACAGACUGUAAUACGCAUACCAAAAAAUAGUGGUACCUUUUCAUUACUAAUUCAGGAAUUGAUGUCAACACAUUUGCAUGGACUCUGUAUACCAUAACCCCCCUGUCCCCUUCAGCUCGAGGCUCAGAGCUAAGCUGAAUGCGGGCAGCUAUCUGUGUCCAGUACGGAAUGAAUGCCUCGUUCCAGGGAACGAAAGCUUUACUCUGUGAACGUUGCAGUCCUUCUCCUCUGUCCUCACUGUCUGCCUGUUCCUUUUUUGAGAGUGUUGCACAUGGACACUAAAGUGAUGGAUUCUUUCAUGGGUUGUUUUUUUUCUUUGACAGUAUGACGUUUCUCAGAGCCAACGGUUUGUGUAUUAGUUUACAUGGGCUGGUGUGAAAUGUAAAGUCUUCUUGUUAUUUAUUUUAUAUUUAUUUUUUUGCAUCACUUUUUUUUCCUGUGGACUGUUUUUACUGUCUGAGAUCCCUCACCACCCCUUAUUUAUGGCUGAUGGUGGUUUUUUGUUUGGUUUUUGUUUUUUGGAAGAUGAACGCGGCAAAGCACUGCUUUAACAUGAGUGUCAUGCAUUCACAGAGUUGUGAAAUGUAUCAAAAUUAAGCUAUUGUAAAACAAGAAUGCGAAAAUCUGUCAAAUUCUGUAUAUUAUGUCUGUCUUUUGCUCUACGUAUCUUUAUUUUUGUCUAUGCUCAACGCUCAUCUGCUGAUUUUCCGUAGGCUAGUCUCUUAGCUGUAGUUCUACAGGCAUGUAUGGUAGCUAUGCACUUUGUAUUUACCUUAGAGAUAUAUGAGCUAAGUUUUGUAUUUUUUUAUAUAUUGUACUUUUUACCUGUUCUUCAAUAAAUGUAGUUUGUAAGCUU